AUGACGUCGGGGCCCGACGUACCAUUGCACGCACCAUCCCUCCUAAACUUGGCAGCACAUGCAGUUGCAAAAGAAAGAGAAAAACUAUUUGACGAUAACCUAGGAAACCAUCUACCAGUGGGUGCAAGCCAUGCUCUUCUAGAUCAAUAUCGCAUUAGAUGGCAGAAAGAGAAAUCAGAUGUAUCGAAUCCCAUCCGUCUAUGGUGUGAUUCGUCCCGGUUCCCCUUAGAUUAUCUCGAUUUAUCCGGUGUUUCUAUUGACGAUCAAACAUUAGCUGCCAUCCUUAUAGCACAGCAAAAGAGAAUUAGAAAGUUGGAUAUCAGCGGAGUUAAGGGGAUAUCUGACUAUGUCAACACAAUUCUUGAUAAAGAUGACGCUGUGUUUCCGGGUUUGAAAUCAUUGAAGAUGACUUCUAUGGAACUGCUUAGUCGAUCAAUACCGCGAAGGAAAAACGGUGUUGCCAGUAUGGACACAAGGAACAUUCCUGUUUUGGGAGAAGAAGAUCUGCUGAACCAGGGCGGAAGUGGUCGAUUAGAUCAAAUGAGAGAAACCAGAGGAACAUUAGGAAUUGCUCAGCAACCUAAUCAAUCUAGUUAUGAUAACAGCUUUGCUCCAAUCGUAGCUGUGGAUGAACACGAAAGUAUGAGCUGGACAGCAGCAACAGCAUUAUCGGCUGAAGAGGAAGAAGAAAGAGAGCCUGCCGUAUUUACUUCACGUUGUCCAAAUGUCGCCAUUCUGAAUUUACCCAGAUUAAAAAGAUUCCCCGAAGAAGAAGAAAAUUCGGUGAAUGAUCUGUUGACCAGGGUAUUGGAGCCAUUAAAAGAUUUACAAAUUCUUGAUUUAUCCUAUUGGACCAGGGUUGAAAAUUUGCGUUGUUUACAUUCUUUAAAUUUAACCACUUUAAUUCUGUAUGACGUGCCCGAUUUAUAUCAAGCGAUGACAAGUAUUAAUCAAUUGAAGGAAUUACGAUAUCUUGAUAUUUCACAAUCAAGCAGAGAUACGGGUAUGUAUCCUAAACCUGCAACUACACUUCAUAGUCUCGUCUGCAAUUUGCCUUAUUUGGAAAAGUUAGACAUCUCUUCCACCAACUUAGCCUCUCCUGCUAGUGUCAACGAUUGGAUUUCUACUGAUGAAAAUGAGGAGUGCAUUCGUUCUGAUAUUGCUGGCUUGAGAUUUUUAAAGAAACCUCUCAAGUUCCUGGGGCUUUUUAAUUGUGAAUCAGCUAGUCAUUUUGCUGAGAUUCCUGCCCUUGAAAUUUCGGGUGAUGCCAAUGAGAACCAAGUUCUCUGUGCUCUUCGUAUUUAUCAAGAUAGAGCUGGCCUACUUCAAUCUGUGUUAAAUGAGAGUUAUCAACUUUAUCGUUUUGGCAACAACAUCCCACCGUGCCGCCACACUGAAGCUUUACAUCUUGUACUCAGUGCUAUGCAACGACACUUGGAAGAUAGUACUCUUCAGAUAGCCGGAUCUGCUAGUUUGUUUUAUAUUAUUCGUAAGGUUACAAUGAACAGAGAAACCAAAAAGCAAGUGGUUAGCGCUCUAUUAAGCGGAAUGGAAACUCACAUGGAAGAACAAGUGAUGGUUCGCAACUGUUGUUUGUCUCUCUGCCAGUUUGAAAUCCCUCAGGAAAUUUUGUUUGACUACAGUCGAUUGGCUGUUCUGUUAGUAACCGUCUUACAACAUCACAAUGCGGAUAAUCUAACUCAAAGAAUAGUUGUGUUUCUGCUGAACUCUAUGGCUUGUCACGUGGAAGGAGAUCAGAAAGUGCAAGUAGGAAGUCUCGGAGCUAUCGAGAUGAUUUUGGAACAGAUCAGGAGGAAACUCGGAGCAAACACUUGCGACGAUGUGAUGGAAGUUGGUUGGAGUUUCCUUUGGAAUAUUACAGAUGAAACACCUGUGAAUUGUGAACGAUUCUUGAAAUCAGAAGGAUUGGUGUUGUUUCAAAAGUGUUUUGAUGCUUUCCGAUCAGAGCGGGAAUUAGUUCGCAAUAUGAUGGGGCUUAUUGGAAAUAUCGCGGAAGUUAAUGAAUUUAGAAGUCAACUGAUGAAAGACGAUUAUGUUCGGAUUUUUGUAGCUUUGUUGGAUUUGGCGGAUGAGUCUCUGGAAAUCAGCUACAACAGCGCUGGAGUUCUGGCACACAUGGUCAGUGAUGGACAAGACGCUUGGGAGCCAUUGAGUCACAAACGCUGCGAAGUUAUGGCAAGUAUAGUGAAGGCUACAACAAGAUGGAAAUUGGAUACAAGACGGUUUAUCAACUAUCGCUCAUUCCGACCAAUCUUGAGAUUGUUACCUCUAUGGGACGCUUACGCCAGUCAACAUUGGGCUGUUUGGGCUUUAGCUAACCUGACAACAACUGAUGGGCCAAAAUAUUGUUCGUAUGUGACAAAUGAAGGAGGGUUACCACUAUUGACGGAUCUCGUGAAAGAUCAAAGAACCGGUGACAACACACGAAAGUUGGCUCGUAUGGUAUUAUCGAAUAUAGAGAAAAACAUGGGCUCAUGGGAGACUGUGGAAGAAGGAACAGAAGCAAUGGAGACUUUAGACUCUGUCUAA